AUGCCCGCCGCUAUCGAGACCGCUAUCGCGACCAAGUCGAUCGAUGUCCACUUCAAGCUGAAGGAGGGCAAGAAAUACCCAAAGACUGUGGAUCUGGAGAAGCUCAAGGAACACUACGGAGAAGGCAACGUCUCGUUUGUGGACUCCAAGAAGAAACACUUCAGCAUUCAAGUCAGAAAGGUGUGCGACACGGCGGAUCGCAUGAAGGAAGAACUCUGGUCAGUACUCGAGGAGACUGAGAUCUUCAAGACUUGGGAGCCGGAAAGAAUCAUGGUCUGGCUUGCGGACAGUUCUUGUGUGUAUCUCAUGGGGGAUCCCUAUCCUGGCAAAUUGCUUGUUCUUACCCUGAUCACUGCGCUGAUUGUGAAAAGAACUUUCUUCAUCAAUAAUUCCCUAUUGUCAUCAUUCUCUCCCAGCAUGGGCCAACCAAAGUAUCGCCAGAUGACUGCGCAGUUUAAAGGAAAGGAUGGGGUUGAGCUAAAACGAGAACCAAAAGACGACCCCCUUGUGUACAGAUACGGCUCCAACGGCAUACAACAGGUCAAUCUCGAGAGGCGAUUACUCACUUACACACUAUUCGUUGAGUUUACCGAUCCUGGAAAAGCGAUAAGGAAGCUAUGGAAAGUCCUGAACAAAAUGGAGGUUUUCGAGGAGUGGGAGGCGGACCAGGUGUUUGGCGUCAGAAUAAAAGACAAUGGUCAAUGUGAUUAUUUCACGCCCCCUGAGCCACCUGCUUCCAACUGCUGA